AUGCCAUCUUUGCUCCCUUUGGUUACAAUGUCAAUACCUGAGCAGUUGCCAGCAGACAUAGUCUCUUGUAUCAUCGAGCAGGCUACUAGCAAUGAACCAUCCCUUUCGAAACUUGUUCAGCUCAGUCACAUAAACUCUGUGUUUGUGGAAAGCUGUUGCUCUGUCGUUAGCACUCGUGUCAGGAGCGUAAUCCGCACUUUCAUGGACGACGGAGUCAUGGAUUCGUUAUUCAAGAUAUUGGAGAGCGUUCAUGGACUUAUAGGGGGAUCAGUAGCUUUGGACGUCAUAGAACCUGACUUUUUCAUUGAUCAUCCCCCUGGAGAUAUCGACAUCAUGACACCAUCCGGCACAAUGACUGAGUGGGUUGGAUGGUGCGACAGUCAUGGUUUCGUAGACAGAGAGACUGGAGAGGUCAAUCCAGACAGAGAAGAUUCAACGAAAAGCAUUCUGUGGGUCAGGAUGCACAACGGAAUGGAGCUCAAAAUCCACCAAAGUCAAAGCUCAUCUGUGUUGUUGACAUUAUUGUCCUCCAAUUUGAUGUUGCAAAUGAACACAAUUUCCCCUUUUCGAAUCUAUUGUUUUUACCCAUGGAUGACCAUCAAUGGAAUAUUGAUCUCAUGCCAAGGAUCACCUACAACAUAUGACAUUGACCAACUGGAAUGUCGGUUGAUUGAAUACUACUGGUCGACAUGUUUGUGGAACAGGCCAUGUGGCCGAGGCUGCCCCAUGAUAUGGCAUCUAUCAUAUGGAGUUGGAAUGUAUGAAUGGUCAAGGAGGGCUCACCUUUCAUACGAUGUUUUCGCAGAAACACAUCUGCAAUGGGGCAUAGGCAAUGACUGUUACAAUGUUCACUGUCCAUACAGAGUACAAGAGAUUGACUAG